UGGGGUCCGUGUGACCGGGGGGUCGUCUCGGUUGUCUCACAUGUCGGGGGUCGCGAUGGGGAUGCGGGCCUGGCGCUCCCUCCCGUGCCGCCAGGCGGAGCUGAGGCUGGACAUUACCCUGGCGUGCGGGCAAGCCUUCAGGUGGCGCCAGCAGGAGUCGGGUGGUCUCUGGCGCUGCGUGCUCGGACGCCGCCUCUACGAGCUGUCCCAGCGGGGAGACCUCCUCCUGUACCGCGUGCUGCCCCCGGGGCAACCUGCCACCCACGUGGAGGAGACGGAGCACGGCGGCAAGAGGCGCAAGACGGCUGGCAAGCUCACCCCGGAGCAGGAGCCGGGGUCCCAACCCUGCCACGCAAACAAGCGCAAAUCCAAGCGGGGCGGUGGCAAAACUCCCAAUGUAAACGGCACCGGCGACAUCAUUGGCGGUAGCAACAAUGUGGUGGAAGACGGUGGUGACGAGGAGGGGAGCGGAGCGGCGCUGCGUGAUUACCUGCAGCUGGGAGUGGCACUGGAGCAGCUGUACGAAGAGUGGAGUCGCGUCGAUCCGCACUUCGCUCGUGUCGCCGGACACUUUCCUGGAGUGCGGGUGCUUCGCCAGGACCCCGUGGAAUGUCUCUUCUCCUUCAUCUGCACCUCCAACAACCACAUCUCGCGCAUCACCGUCAUGCUGGAGCGGCUGUGUGCUUCGCUGGGCGAGCUCGUGUCCACGCAGGAUGGCGUCGCCUACCACGCUUUCCCCUCUCUGCAGGCGCUCUCCGGGGACGGUGUGGAGGAGCAGCUGCGUGAGCUGGGAUUCGGCUACCGCGCCGGCUUCGUGGCCAAGAGCGCUCGCGCCGUGCUGCAUAGGGGUGGCGCCCCCUGGCUGACGUCGCUCCGCACCGCGCCGCUCGCCGAAGCCCGGGCGCAGCUCGUGCAACUGCCCGGCGUAGGGGCCAAGGUGGCUGACUGCGUGUGCCUCAUGUCGCUGGACAAACCGCAUGCCGUACCAGUGGACACGCACGUGUGGCAGAUCGCACAGCGAGACUACCACACCACGCUGGGCAGUGGGCGUAAGAGCCUGACCGACAAGACCUACGUUGCAGUGGCGGACUUCUUCCGUGAGCUGUGGGGGCCGUAUGCCGGCUGGGCGCAGUCGGUGCUGUUCAGUGCCGACCUGCCCAAGUUCAAGAGCUACAAAUCCGAGGAAGCAAAGAAAACCGGGAAAUCAUGUUGAUGCUGCUGUGCUCACCGCAUAGAACGAUACCCACUGCAGCCAUGCAGACUUUUGGGGGAAAGGCUGUUGGCCAGCAUCAAUUAAGGACAGCACGGGUGCGUUAGGCGGUGGUGUCGUCGGAACCAUGCCUGGCUGUCUUUGUCUUCCCAGUGCUAAUGUUUACAGUCUUUCAAAGCUGAAUACUCCCUAGAUAGGGUUGGAAACCACUGAAGUUAGCUGUGGCUGGGAAUCAAACUCAGGUCAAUGGGUUUGCAGCGCAGUGAACUAACCACUGCACCACUGCUGCCUACAUGCAUGUACCCACUCACACGGCAAUACAUGUACAUGCAUGCACACAUACACACAUGCACACCCCAACACACUUUCACGUGCACACAUUCACAUCCCAAGAUACACCUGCACGUUCACACCGAUAUACGUUUGCGCACACACACACACACUACCCGUGCACCCCAUAUUAUGCCCCUUGACUCGCGUACACACACUCCUGCUUAUCCUGUACAGUUCAACGUGCAUUCACACAGCCAGACAAUACACACUUGGCAUUGCGUACACUGACACGUGUAUGCACUCCCACUAGCAAUCUGAUACGCAAACAUUUCAGUGUAGACCUUUGGGAAAAAAUGAUGCCGUUUUAGUUUUUUACAAAUAAAUACUGUAAAGAUGAAAUAACACAAACGAGCCAGUCUUUUGGAGUUGGCAGACGCAGCCGUGUGGUCUGGUUCUCCAGGCGCGUACGACUGCAACUCGCCACGUCUCGCUCAGCAGGGAAACUGGACCACGAACAUCAUCGUCGUGCCAACGGAUAACCGAUCCCAGACCGCGGUGGCCACCGGCAAUGAUUUCAUAUAAAAUAUCGUUCCUCUAAACCAUCGUCAAGCCACGAACGUUGACCCUUACUACAAAUCCUGUCCGUCUACUUUUCCCAGUUCAUGGUUUUGACGCGACUACAAACACGCCUCCUGGGCACACAAGGCGGGCGUGUGAAUAAAGGAACAGACGAGCAUAACGAUGAAGAUGCGAAGAGAGACAAUGACGCAGAGCUGCACAGAGAAACAGGUUGACGUGGGCAGACACGAGUAGAAUAACAGACAUGGUAUGGACAUAGUACGGUUAAAGUACCCACUUUUCCCCAUAUACACACCCCGAGAUGCUUACCUACAGAUAUAUAAACAUACUAAAAGACAAAGAUCCCCCAAAUAGCCUUAAUAGACUAUUGGGCAAGUGCUGUUAGCGAGCACCUAUGAAGGCCGGCACGGCACACGAGGGGGCGAGUGGCCAACACCACACCCAGCUGCCUUUGUCUCCCUAGUGAUGUUUACACACCACGUACUCAUUUGGGGCUGAGUCGACCUCGGAGAGGCCUAGGAUCGGUUAAAAUAAUCGUCACUUGUUGGCCGUAAGUGGGAAUCGAACUCUUGUUGCUGGAUUUGGAGCGCAUCAUGCUAACCGCGACACUGCUUCCCACUAUAAAUAUACCACACCUGCAUCAUUUGACACUUGCAUUCUAACACAUUCACUCACAAAGGAUGACAGACACACACUCCUCGAUACAUUUAAACUAUAUUUUUAUUUUAGCAGGUGAAGGCCGGCCCACAGCUAUGUAACUCUUUUUCAGACGUGACCUGGCCACAACUGAUAGCUCAACGAAGUGGCUUAUAAUGCAGAAAUAUAUAGCAGCCAUAAAUCCAUGUUUCUAAAUGUGGAGGGGAAAACUGGAGAACCCAGAUAAGAAUCCAUAGGCUCAGGAGCGAACGCACGCCCUCCUGCGGCAUCCCAUUCACAUAACCUCUUGCUACCCGAACAUGGACAAAGAAUCCACCCCUCUGCAUAGCCUCCAUGUAUAAUCUAGGCAGCCGAUGACAAUUCAUACGGUACACGGCCGAACCACUGUAGUAAACA